AUGGACAAAGUAGACCCGUCCAUGUUUCCUUCCGACUGGGACCAGGAAGACAUUGAGAAUGCCAUCGCCAAUUACUACUAUUCCUGCACCCACGUCACACCGACAUGCCCCGUCAGGGCCACCACGCUAGGGUACUAUCCGAACCGAGGAAUCAACAUCUUUUUCACGAUUGGGUAUGCCGCGGCCACAGUGAUGACGCUCGCGCUGGGCCUCAAGAAGAAGACAUGGAGCUACACCGGGUUUAUUGCGGCAGGCUGUGCUCUGGAGCUUGCAGGUUAUGGCGCCCGCAUCCCGCUGACCGACAACCCGUGGAACAAGAACGCCUUCGAGACCCAGAUCGUCGCCAUCAUUCUCGCUCCAACGCUCAUCUGCAUAUCCAUCUACCUCACCCUCAAGCAUAUCUGCUUGGCCUUCAACCCGGCCCUGUCCCGCGUCCGGCCGCACAAGUAUCCUUUCAUCUUCGUCCCGUUGGACGUGUCCUGCCUCCUGGUGCAGGCCAUCGGGGGCUCGCUUGCGGCGAGUGCGGCAUUGAGCAAUUACAAGUUGGUUCAACAUGGGAACCGGUGUAUCAUCGCCGGGAUUGUGCUUCAAGUGGUGGUGUUGAGCUUCUUCGGGGUCUCGGCUGGGGAUUACUUUGUGAGGGUAAAGAGGUGGAUCAAGUCAACCGAGGCGAGUCCCGAAGCGAUUGCGCUAUGGCAGGAUAAGAAGCUCAGGACAUUUGUGUACGCUGUCACAGCGGCGUAUAGCGGUAUCUUGAUUCGAUGCAUCUACCGCAUCGCCGAGAUGGCUGGCGGAUGGGGAAACCCUAUCAUGCAGGACGAACCGUCGUUUAUUGUGCUUGAAGGAUUCAUGGUUCUCAUUCCAUGCAUUCUUCUGGCCGUUUUCGCACCUGGCUACCUGUUCCCGCAGAUGGCCUCUCGCAUGUCCACCCCCGGCCGAGUCCGACUGUUCAGCAAAAGAGAGAGUGAGAAGCCACCGCAGCCUAAGGUUCUGGCAGGUCAACAACAAGCUGUGAACGGGACGGAGACAGUUCUCAAUCAAGAACAGACCAAAGAGCAACCGAUCUCGACAUCCACGACUGUGGAACCAAAGGGCGCCGAGUCUGUUUGA